UUAUUCAUCUCAUUUAAGCUUAAUGGAUCGCCAACGCGCGUGAAUCGCCACAGCCUACACAAGAAUCUUCAAUCUCUCGCAUAGCGCAUUCUCCAAAAUCAUGGAAGAUCCUGGGCAGCCUUGGAGCUUCUCCGCCCUUAAAAUAUUAGGUGCUCUGUUUUCUAGGGCUAGGGUUUAGGCUCUUUCAUGGCGGGGGCGAGCGCGUCGUGGAGAGCCAAAUCGCUCCCCAAUCCCAAAUCCGAUGGAGUUCCUGGCAUCCUCACGAUGACUCCCAGUGGCUUCAAAUGGACUCCCAACAUUCCAAAUGCUGCGAAGGCGUUGAAUGUCGAUUACAGGUCCCUCAGAGGCCAACGAGCUAGCAAAGAAGCUACAUCCAAGAAGGCUAUACUAAACUUGCUAACGGACUCCACAGCGGUCCAAUACUUUUUUGAGUUUGAGAACUUCGUUGACAGGGAUGCUUCUCGCAAUUUCCUUGCACCGUUUCUUGCAAACGCUGCAACUCCGAUUGCUAACAACGAGCCGGCAGCUAACGAGGCUUCUACAUCGGCACGUCCUCCGGGACAAAACGAAAGCCUCAAUCAGACUGAAAUGGAGCGGCGAAUAAAACUUUUGCAAGGAGACAGUGAGCUGCAAAGGCUUCAUCAAAACCUCGUCAUGAACCAGAUUCUUUCCGAGCAUGAUUUCUGGGCUUCCAGAAAGAAGACGGGAGAUAAUCACAAAAUGAGGACUGGGAUGGCAAGCACAAUGCUUGCUGAUAUCCGUCCGAUGGCCGAUGGCCGGACGAACACGGUGACGUUUAACAUCACGCCAGAGAUCAUUCAUCAGAUAUUUGCGGAAAAGCCGGCUGUCCAUCGAGCUUUUCUGAACUUUGUACCAUCAAAGAUGACCGAAAUAGCCUUCUGGACAAAGUACUGUAGGAACGAUUAUCUCCAUCGGACUAAGAAUGCCGCCGCAGCAACGGCUGAAGCACAAGAUGACGAGGAGCUAGCAGUAUUUGUGAACGACGAUGACAUUAUUGCCAAAGAGUAUCGCCGGAAAAUAAAACGAGUGGAUCCAACUUUAGACAUCGCUGCAGACAAUGCAGAUUCUUCUCUGCCGGGACAUGGAAUUUACAGAGACAGAGCUAAGGAUCCCAUCGAUGGCAACAUGAGAAACAAACUAAUGCGCGAUAUUAACAGGCAUGGGGAAGUUGUGCUAGAAGGUCGACUCCUCGAGGAAAACAGGAACGAUGCAAUGAGCAUUGCUCAGGCUUUGGCAAAAGUCCAGCAACAAGAUACGAGGGUGGAGGAAAACGAUCGUAGAGCUAGAGCUAUGACCGAGCUUGAAGAUUUACAAGGCCCUCGAGGACUUCCGUCCGUUCCUCUUUCCAUACAGGAUCCUCGCAAGUAUUUCGAUGUACAAGCCAAUACCAACAUUGGAGCGAGUAGUUCUUCAACAUUACAUCCCAACGAGAUCUUGCAGCGUUUGAGGCAGCAGAUAGAAGAGUUCGAACACCAGGACGGGACAGCUCCUAUAAUUCCUGGAUCUCUCGCUUUCAAGGUUUUAACCGAGCUCACGCAACAAGUCUCUAGUACGCAUCAUUCUCUCGGAAGAACUGCCGAGAAGAAUGUCCUUGACAGUCUACCACGCUCCGUGAGGGAAGCUUUACUUCAGCACUCGUCAUUCAUCAAUGAAGUCCUUCGACAGUUUUGGGCGACCUGUCCGAUCACUUCAAACGCUCUUCUACAAAAGGCAAAUCGUCUCAAGGAUUGCAUGGCUAAAGUCUACAACGAAAUACAGGCUUUGAAAAGCUCGGUGCAAUCGGAGCAUCGC